UCUGCCCAGCUCCAGCUAGCCCUGAUUUAAUUUAAGUCUUUUUUUAUUGAACAUAAGUAACGUUAACACUUAACAGAAAUAUCAGCAGUGUUAUUUAUAAGCGUCCCUUUGUUGGUAAAGCCCUGAAGGAUCUGCUCCUGAAGAUGAAGCCGGCGACAAAUUCAUGGUGCCAAAGAAAGAAAUCAACAUGGUGCCUGACAUGGCCAAGUGGAAGAGAUCUCAGGCAUAUGCCGACUACAUGGGCUUCAUUCUGACUCUGAAUGAAGGCGUGAAAGGGAAGAAGCUCACAUGUGAAUACAAAGUGUCAGAGACGGUGGAAAAGUUACUCGAUCUUUUGGGAGUUUUGGAUCGGUGGAUAAACGAGACACCUCCGGUAGACCAACCGUCACGCUUUGGGAACAAAGCCUACAGAACCUGGUAUGCCAAGCUGGACCAGGAAGCAGAGUCAUUGGUGUUAGGAGUUCUUCCUGCAGAUAAAGCUGCUGCUGCUCCAGAGAUCGCCGUUUAUCUGAAAGAGUCUGUGGGGAAUUCAACCAGGAUAGACUAUGGAACAGGUCAUGAAGCUGCUUUUGCUGCGUUCCUCUGCUGUCUCUGUAAGGUCGGAGCGCUCAGAGUAGACGAUCAGCUGGCCAUCGUUUUUAAAGUUUUUAACAGGUAUCUACAGGUGAUGAGGAAGCUGCAGAGGACUUACAGGAUGGAACCUGCUGGAAGUCAAGGCGUGUGGGGACUGGACGACUUCCAGUUUCUGCCGUUUAUCUGGGGAAGCUCCCAGUUUAUAGAUCAUCCAACCGUGGAGCCUCGGCACUUUAUAGACGAGAGAGUAGUGAACGAGCAUCACCAGGACUACAUGUUUCUGGACUGCAUCAAGUUUAUUAAUGAGAUGAAGACGGGUCCGUUCGCUGAGCACUCGAACCAGCUGUGGAACAUCAGCGCUGUCCCAGCCUGGUCCAAAGUCAACCAGGGUCUGAUCCGAAUGUACAAGGCCGAGUGUUUGGAGAAGUUCCCAGUGAUCCAGCACUUCAAAUUCGGUAGCCUGCUCUCCAUCCAGCCUGUGAAGCCUUGACGCCGCAACCCACUCAUGAUGGAAAGACCAAACCCCCCCCCCCCCCCCGUGGCUGGAACCGACAAUUUCCCCUUCCUCCGACAUCCUCUCGUGCAAAAUACCAACGUAGCAGAAAUCAACAACCACAAGUAGUCUGACGCACACUCUCCCACAUGCACUCAGGUGUGGUGUUUAAAGCUUAUAGGUCCAUCCAUAACUUCAAUGCAGAGCAUGUUGUGGACGACCGGUGUGACUUUGGAGCAUCUUUAUAUUUUUGUCAUUUUAUUUAUAUGAUGGAUAGAGUUUGUAUCAGGCUCCUUUUCAUAGAAGAGUGAUCAUGAUGCUUUGAUUGACUGCAGAGUUUGGAUCCUGAACGGCUGAGUGAGGUGAUUAAAGACUUGUGUGGGUUCUUCUGAAUCUUUUGCCAUAGUUUCUUCUUUGAUUGUAGUUUUUUUUUUUGGUUUGCUUUAAGGCCAAAUGUUUCAUUUUAUGUACAAGUACCAGUGUUAUCAUUUCUGGAACAAGGAUUGAAUCUUAAAAGUAAAGUUUACACAGCUAACCCAAGAUAAACAAGCAGAAUUUUAAACCUAGAUUCAGGAAAAUACACAAAUCUUUGCAUGAAAUCUCUCUCUAUAGUUUUUGAAUUCCCCACGACAGCAAUCUGCACCCACGUCUUUACUACAAUCCCAUCUCCUAUAGGUUUAAGUGACAUUUAAUCGGCCUGCUACAGUAAAAAAAGUAAAUAAUCAACCAUACUCGUGUCGUGCUAUGCAGCUCUCUCCUUACACCACAAUGAAAUGCUGUAGUUUUUCACUCCAGUUUAAAUGAGUGUUAAAUUCUACAUCAGUUUCAAUCAGCGUGUUUUAAACAUCUCGGCAUGUUGUGUUUUUUAUUUCAUUUAAAAAAUGCUAUUUUUGUGUUAUUAUGUUUACCAGUCAAUCCUGAUUUAAUAAAGUUUUCCCUUUUCA